CCACCACCGAUCCCUACCUUGCUUAUUUACUAUGCUAUCAUAGAUGUCUAUGUGUAUAGGGGCCUAUCUUGCCGACAUUUUCUUCUGAAGUUUGAAUGGUGGUGUUUGUUGUGCAUUUGAAUCCACUCCACCAUCUCUAGUGGACGCUGCCUUGCAGCUGUCAGUAACCAAAUAAACAGAAAAAUUUGGUUUAGUUUAAAACCCUUUGGCUAAUUGUUCGUGAUAUUUGAUGUUAUAGCACGCAUUUCCGAUCAGGUAACUACCAAGAACUUCCUAUAAUUGCACUCUUCCUAGGCCUGUUUAACGUGCUCAAAAGUGAAUGUAUAUUUACUGAAGAAUGGCAAGAGGUCAGCAGAAGCUUCAGUCCCAAGCUAAAGCUGCAGAAAGAGCAGCUAAGCAGAAAAAACAGCAAGGACAUAGUGCCACUGAUCAAAAAAAAGCUGCCCAAAAAGCCUUAGUCCAUGUAUGUGCUGUUUGUAAGGCCCAAAUGCCAGAUCCAAAAACUUACAAACAGCAUUUUGAAAAUAAACACCCGAAAAACGAAGUGCCUGCCGAAUUGAAGGAUGUCUAAAUACCCAACGUCACGAUUGAAGCAAGCGUCACCAUUUGUGUUUCAAUCAUAGUGUUGAACGCUUCUGUUAUGUUUUAUAUAUAUACUAUCAGUUAAUUCACUCUGUUCUUGUGAUGACCAUUUCUCAAUUAAGAUGUCAUUUCCAAUGAACUGAAUAUGUAUUGGGUUAUAUAGAUGUAUUUUUUUUAUGUUUCUAACGGUGGUCAAAUGAUGUCCAAAGUAUUAUUAUUAGAUUUUAUUACAGUGGUGUGAUUUUUAGUAUCUUGUGCUAUUCCUAUACCCUGUAAUCGGCGCCAAAAAUGGAAAAUGUUUUUUCUAUAUAAACAAUAUAGAAAAUGUUGAGAAAAAAUGGCUUAGGCUUAAGCACACUUUCUAUUAUAGAUUUCUUUUUAUUGAUAUUGGUUAACGCAUUCUAUCUGAGGACAGCAAAAAAUGAGACGUGAGAGAUACUAGCGCCAUCUACGAGACAGUAGCAGAACACCAAAAUCAAUUUAUAAAUCUACGUUGACAAAUUAGUGCUUGGUUAGG